CGAAAGGAAAUUGAUAAGCUGACAUUGCAGAACGCUAAACAUGAGGUCACUACUCGUUUUUUAAAGGCAUGAAAAAAAUGCCUGUCACCUGUGAAAUUUCAUUGUAGUUCACAGUUCGUCGUGUUCACAGGUAGCAACAACAAUCCUCAAGAUGCUGCCUCUCAAAUCUUUCAGUCUGAUGGCUUUGACAAUCGUAGCAAUGUGCUCUAUUGCCCAGGCAAACCCCCUGUCUGGCUUCUUAUCGUUAUUUAAUGGUAAGGAAACCAGUAGCCCUGUGGACAAUGCCUUGCUCCCGGAUGGCACACUUAGAGCUCAAAUCAGAAAUAGCGCCAGGGAUAUCCUCAAAUCUGGAACAAAAAUAGUGACCACUGGGACAGAGACCAUUGUCGGAGUGCCGACCAGCGCUGCUGCACCGAACUUACUAAAGGCAGCGACCAAUGUAUCUGUAAUCAACAGCUUAAUUCUCUGUUUUGGUAUAAGGAUGCUGUAUUGUAUCACAAAUCGUUGUUUUCUAUGAAAAAGAACGCAACUAUAUC